AUGGUAGAACUUUGUCGUGAACUUUUCCAACAAGCUAAUGAAGGGAAGGGUAUUUCAACUCCUAAGCUAACUAUAAUACCAGAUGGUGUUUUACCUGCAAACAGUCCCUCGUUCACUAACAUUAACGACGGUAACAGCUCUGAAAUCUACUGCUCCAAGUCUACUUAUCUAAAAAUAUUCGCUGAAGCUCGGCGACUCAUACGACAGGAUACUUCAAACGCGCUAAUCAAUGACGAAGAUAAAUACUUGGGAACCUUGGGUCUUCUUUUGAUUACUCCAGAAGAUCGCACAGCUUUAAAAUUGCACGAAGAUCUACUAUUGAAAAGACUCCAGACCCAACCUGGCGGACAAUGGACUGGCUCUGACGGAAGUACGCGGUUGUUUUGUUACGAAUUAUCUGCCAUUUCUCUUCUGCUGACAUCAUCUGUCAACCGAGUCAACAAAUCAUCCUCGUUGUGGCUUCUCUUCAGAAAAGUGUAUGCGCUGAAGAGAGAAUUUUACCCAGAUCCAGAUAUUGAUUUUAGCUCAUUGUUCACUUCGUCCGCAGAAAGGCAUAUCUCAAAUUACUAUUGUUGGAAUACUUUUCGAUGGGUGUAUGAUUUGGAGACGCCAGCCGCACAAACAGAGCUUCUCAAAGUUGUAUGGGGUUUCAGUAUCAGGCAUCCGAAAGACAGUUCUGCAUGGUGGGCUCUUGGCCACGUUUUGUUAAGCCUUCCAGAGCUAGCGUCCAAUUUCAUUCAGAAUUACAAUGCUGUUAAUAUGAGGUUCGAAUUUACCAAGCAUAUCCAUCAUAAGCAGAAUAGCGAUAAUCUGACAAAUGAGGCAUUGAGCGCCAAGGCAAUUCAUUACAUUUCAAAAAUAAUGACUUACAUCGAAACCGGGGAGGUCAGGGAAUGGCCACCGUUUGGGUGUAUCGUGAGGUUAUCACACUACGUGUCGAGAAACGAACAAGUUCAUCCCUUACAAAGGUGGUGCGACGAGAUUGAGGCAUUCGAAGAAAAAAACUUCAAAAUUGACAGAAAGUCAGUCACUAUGGCGAUCUAUAAAAAUAAUCGAGACUUGUUGUUCCAAAGAUCAAUUGAAUCCUUAAUGCUUCGCAAAGCUGCUAUAGGGAAGGUUGAUAUCGCACUGUUGCGAAACGCGAACAAAACUAAACGGACCUGA